AUGUAUUAUAAACAGCUCGCCUAUGAUAAUAAAAGGCUCUUAAAAUCAUCUGGAAUGGUCAUCCGGGAGGACUUGACUCAAUAUAAAUUGAAGCUACUGAAGGAUGAAAUCACGAAAAUGGGAAGGAAUGGUAGAGUCUGGACGACAAACGGCACAAUAUUCUGCAAAUAUGAUGGAGAAGGCAGAACUGUGAAGAUAGAGAAGCUCAGUGAUAUUGCAAAAUUGUGA